AUGUCUGAUAAUAAUACUAAAGUUGAACCUAGUGCUAGUACUAGUACUGCUUCUAAUAACAGUACAGUACCAGAUAGUACUACUAUAGGUUCCAAUGUGGGCUCAGAUAAUAAAUCUGAUGCCACUCAACAACAAGAUCAACAACAUCUCCCACAACAACCACCGCAACAACCACAUUCUGCUGGAUCAUCGAAUGCUUCAUCUGCUUCUGGAACCCCAGCUAAUCAAUAUAGUAAUAUGAACUACCAACAAUCUUUCAAUCCAAAUUAUAACAAUUAUAAUAAUUAUGGUAAUUAUGGUGGUAGUACUGGUAGUGGUGGGAAUAAACAUUACAAUAAAAAUUACAGUGGUAGACAAAAUUAUAAUAACAAUAGCGGCAAUGGACCCAAUACCAAUACUGGAAAUCAACGAUACAAUAACUCAUCGGGAUCCAAUGUAUCCAAUUCAAAUAGAAAACCUUACAACCAGAAACAUAACCAGCAACAGCAACAGCAGCAACAACAACAAGGAUACGCCGCUGCUGCCGCAGCUGCAUAUGGGUACGGUGCUCCAAUGUAUGGCUACUAUUAUCCUCAAGUAUAUGUUCCUCAAAUGCAACAAUAUAUCCCAGGUCAACCACCAUAUGUUGCCCCAAUUCCAGCUCAACACACAGUUACUACUCCACCCCCAACUGUAGUUAAAUUAACUACUAAAGAUGGAAGACCAUUGGAAUUUGAAGAUAAAAAGAAAAAGACUCCAAUUUCUUCUCCUCACCCAGUGGCUGCCACUACUGCUGCCACAGCCACCACCGCAUCUUCGUCUAAAGAUUCAAGUAUAACUCCUGCUUCUACAAGUCUCAGUCCAAAAGUAAAUGCUGAUAUUCCAGUUAAACCUGCUGCAAGUUUAUCAGCAGCAGCUGAAGAAUUCAAGAGAAAGAUUAGAGAAAGAGCAGAAGCUGCUGCUGCUAAAAAGGCAGAAGAAGAAAAAAAGGCAAAGGAAUCUGCUCCUGCUACUACUGAAGAAUCAGUCACUACUGAACCAACUACACAAGAAGCUCCAGUUGAAGAAGUACCUAAAGUUGAAACUCCAGCUGUUGUCGUAAGUGAAGAAACUCCAAAGGCGGAAACUCCAGUUGUUGUAGAACAGCCAAAGGAAGAAGAAGUUAAAGAAGAAGAAAAAGUUCCAGAGACCAAGGAAGAAGAACCAGCACCAGCUAAGGAAGAAGAACAAGUUCAACCAGAAGUAGAAAAAGCUAUAGAAGAACCAGUUUCUGAACCAAUAGUAGCCGAAGAAGCCAAACCUGAAGAAGUAGAACCAGUAACCAUCACUGAAGAAGUAGCCCCAGCUGCUGCUGAAGAAGAAGAACCAGAGGUCGAAGCAGAACAAGAAGCCGAAGCCGAAGAAGCCGAAACAGAAGAACCAGAAGAAGAAACAGCAACCGAAGAACCAGAACCACAACUAACCAUUUCUCAAUUCUUAGAAAAAUUACAAAAAGCUACUCCAAUUGAUGAUAUUUUCGCCACAACUUAUCCAGAAGGUAUACAAGGUGUUGAUUCAUCCCGUGUAAUCCCAGGGAAGAAAUAUAGAUAUGAUCCACAAUUCUUAAUCCAAUUCCGUGAUGUGAUUGAAUUCACCAUUGAUCCAGUUUUUAAAGCACAAUUAGAAGCCGUUGAUAUCGGAGUUAGAAGAGCACAAGUUAGUACUGGUGGUGAUAGAGGUUCUGGAGGAGGACGUAAUCAGAGUAAAUAUGCUUCUGGAUUACCUGCAAGAUUUGCCGGUAGUGGUGGAAGUAGAGGUGGUGCAUAUGAUGGUAGACAAAAUUCUAGAAGUGGAUCUAAGAGAAGAGGUCCUUCAAGUAGGGAUAAAUCUACUAGAAAGGGUAAUCAAUCUAAGAGAGGUAGAGGAGAUAAUGGUGGUCGUGAAAAGACAGAAGAAGAAAUAGCUAAGCAAGCUGCUGAAGCAGCUAAAUUGGCUGAAGAUGUUAAACCAUUAGAACAAUCUGCCAAUAGAUGGAUUCCUAAAUCUAGAAAGAAGAAAGAAGUUGAAGUUAGAUAUGCUGAAGAUGGUUCUAUUAUAUUAGAAAAGGAUGAUGUUGAAUCUAAGAUUAAAUCAUUAUUGAAUAAAUUAACUUUAGAAAUGUUCCAAACUAUUACUGAUCAAAUUUUGGAAGUUUCAAAACAAUCAAGAUGGGAAAAAGAUGCCCAAACUAUUAAACAAAUUGUUCAAUUAACCUUUGCAAAAGCUUGUGAUGAACCAUAUUGGUCAGAAAUGUAUGCCAAGUUCUGUGCUAAGAUGUGUACUGAUAUCUUACCUGAAAUCACCGAUGAAACUGCCGUUAGAAAAGAUGGUACUCAUCCUUCCGGAGGUGAUUUGGCAAGAAGAGUGUUGCUAACCACUUGUCAACAAGAAUAUGAAAAGGGAUGGUCUGAUAAAUUACCAACAAACCCUGACGGAUCUCCAUUAGAACCAGAAAUGAUGUCGGAUGAAUAUUAUGCCAUGGCUGCUGCCAAGAGAAGAGGAUUGGGUUUGGUGAAAUUUAUUGGACAUUUAUAUAAUUUGAAUAUGUUGAAUGAUCAAGUUAUUUUCAUAUGUUUAAGAGAUCAAUGUAAGAAUACUGAAGAUCCUUCUGAAGAUAGUUUGGAAAAUUUGGCACAAUUAGUUAAGACAGUUGGACCUAAAUUAGAUCAAAAUGAUCUGACUAGACCAAUUUUAAAACUUGUUUUUGAAAAUGUUCAAAAGGUUUUAGAUAAUGAAGAAUUGAAAUUACCUUCAAGAAUUAAAUUUAUGUUGAUGGAUUUACAAGAUUUAAGAGCAGCAAAAUGGGUUUCACGUAAAGCUGAUGCUGGUCCAAAAACAAUUGAAGAAAUUCAUCGUGAUGCCGAAAUUAAGAAAAUGGAAGAACAAAGACAAAGUAAUGAAAAGAGACAACAAAGAAGGGAACAAGAAAGAGGUGGUAGUGGUCAAGGUGGUAGAUCUAGUUCUUCAAGAGCUGGUUCAUCUUGGAAUAAUACUUCAUCAGGUUCUAAUCCUGUUAAUAAUUUGAGGAAAAAUGCUUCAUUUGUUAGAUCCCCUUCUUCAACCAGUAGUCGCCCAUCCAGUGAUGCGGGUAAUCUCCAAAGAGAAACUUCUAAGAGGUCUGAAUCUACUCAUAUUAAUAGAUUUGCCGCAUUAGGCGCUGAUGAUGAUGAAGAUUCUUAG